AGAACGGUGGUGACCGUUGCUGAAAAGUCGAGCGUGCGCAUGCGCUGUGAAGCUGAGGGGAGGCCAUCACCUCACAUGACGAUUGUCAGUGUUUCGAACGACAAGCAAGAGGUCGCCAGCAGGCCUCGAGGUGCAGUUGAGCUUUAUGAUCAAAGUGUAGAGUUAACAUAUGACUUGACUGCAGCACCUUGCGAGGCGGCAGGUGACUACAGGUGUGAGGUGGACAACGGAGUUGGACAAGAAAGUCGCAACAUUAGGCUUUACGUUGAGUGUGCUCCUAGGAUAAACAAUGGCGAAAGACAGCCAGCAAUUCUAACUUUUGAUGUCAACCAAGGCAUUUUCAGUGUUCAACUGACAGCAUACCCAACACCUAAAGUCAAAAACAUACUCUACCUCGGGCAAUAUACUAACGACAGCACCGAAGGGACAUCAGUCUCGGAUAAAAUUUAUGUCAAUUGUGAGGGGAACAGCUCUUUACCUGCCUCAGUCAUCUGCAACAUCACCACCAUCAACAUGACAAACGCUGAUGAAGGGUUCUAUAAAGUUAUUUUUAGCAAUGAAUUUGGAGAGCUGCCUGUUAUAUUUUUAGUCAGAAGUAAUGAGGACCGUGGCGUCAACGUAAAAGUCAUCAUUGGUGCAGCUGUUGGGACUGCUGCUGUGCUCGUUGUUAUUAUUAUUGUCACAGUCUGUAUAGCCAGACAUUGCAGAGUUAAGAAAAGUUUGAGCAGACAUGCAGAGGCUAAUACAAGGCAGGCUCUGGAAACAACAGUGCCUUUGGAGAACAUGAAAUCCAGUGGCGCAACAAACAAUUAUUAUGGCCAAAAUGCUAGAAGUGAAGUAAUGAACAUGCCUCAAGAGAAAGACAUUAUGACAGAGGACCUGUAUGUCAACACGGCUGAGCUUGCUCGGGAAGAAUACGACUCGGAUCACGAGUACAGCGACGUCGACGACAUUGAUAGCUUUUAAAAAGCCAUUUAUUGAGAAAAAAUGCUCUGGAUCAUAAUAGCUUGGAAAAAAAAUUGAAAAACAGGACGAAUAUACUGUUUAUAUAUAAAAAAUGAGCAUCCAAAGGACUUAUGCUAAAAAAAACCUCACUUGAUCUCCUUUCAGCUUUUUUAUUUGUCUGCGUGCUCGUCUCUCCGUUUUCCUAUUUGUUUGUGUCUUGACUAAAAAAUGUAUGACUAAUGUAUGUACGCAUAUUUGUGAAUAAAAAGGAAAUGUGUGGAGGCUUAGAUCAAAACAUAAGGACAUCGACUUUUCAUGUAUUGCUGAUGUCGUCCACCAUUCUUACUGCAGAAAAAUAUUAUAAAUAAAGAAAUCUUAAUACUAUAUAGUCAUUAUGCAAUACAGCCAAAGAUACCAAAAGUACUUGCCAUUGAAAAAAACUGUUAGGAUGAUAUUUAAACAGUUCAGAGCUUUGCUAGACGUUUAGGUUCAAAUGCGGCGGCUGUUAACAGAUUCCAAGCCACGUGUCCACUGUAACAUAGAGGUUGGCAAAGGGGGAAGAGUAGAGACCUCUUAAUGUACAAAAAUAAGAAAAAAAAAAUUAUAAAAAAUCCACCUUACUCAUUGUUAGAUACUAUGAGAUACACUGAGCCAUAUGAAGGGAGUCAAAUUAUGUGUACGUGUGUUUGCAGGUGUGUAUGUUCAGGUUUGUGUUUUGUGGACGCCCUCUAGAUCGUGUAACAAAACCUCCAAUUAUUGAAGCUAUGGUAUAAGUUGUUAAUUUGACAAAAAAUAUAAUUCUCUGUUGAGGAUUUGUAGUGUGCUCGAUGACCUUUAGUAAUGAUGUGCCGCACUAAUUUGUGUACUUUGUAUUAUUUAUGACUAAGAUUGUCAUUAAGCUUUUUUACUUGCUCAUUGUUUUCAGUAUUCUUACAUUAUUUAGACUAUUUAUUGAAAGAUUAUUUUUAUGUAACAAUAUUUCAAAUAAAGAUAUUAAAAUUAAAA